UGAUUGACUGAUUCCUCUGUUUAUGCUCAGAUGUAUCUAGCACUGUGUGAUAAAACACACAUGCUCCUAAAUUCUCUGAACUGUCAAAGAUAAAGAACAAAGAAAUCAGUAUAAAUCUACAGAAUUUGUCUGAUUCAGGUUUGAAGUCAUUGUGGUUCUGUAUUUUUUUUUUUCUUCAGCACAACUGGGUGCCUAGAAGACCCGACCAGGGUCCGAAAACCAUCGAGCAGAUCCACAACAUGGCAAAGAUUGAAGAGCAGGAGGAGAAGAGAAGAGUGCAGCAGCUACUGCUCUCCAAGAACACCCAGAGAUGGCCAGAUCCAAGGGAGCAGAGAGAGCAGAGAGAUCAGCGCGUACAGAGAGAGGAGACCUGGUACACUGUGCCCAUGAGGAAGAACCGCAGGACCAUCGACCCCAACGAGAUUCCAAAGAUCUCCAAGCCUCAAAUGGACGAGAAAAUCCACUUGGGCCCCUGGGCUCAAGUCACAUGGGUGAAGGGCAGCAGUGGAGGAGCCAAGGCCAGUGACUCAGAACUACCACGCACAGUGGGCCCCAACCGUUUCUCAGUGCUGCAGUCCCCCCCCUCACCUCAACCCUCCACCACCCAGACUUCGACACCUGGAGAAAUCUGGGAAGUCGCAGCAGUACAGGCAGAGAGCGCAGCGAGAAGCCGCUGAUCUCUGCGCCGCCAUCGUCUCGGCCUGGUCCGUUCACCAGGGGAAGCAGUUCAAGGGAGCUGCGGGAGAGUCAAACCCCAGAGGAGCCGCGAAGAGACUGGAAGCGAGAGGAAGCCAAGCCCCGGAGACCGAGGGUCACCGAGGACAAACCUGAGCCAGAGCUCAGCAGAGUCCGAGAGCCUGUGAAACCUGAGCCUGUUGUCGUGACGAUACAGAAACCUGCUCGGUCUGAGGAGCAGAUUGAGAAGACGUCCAAGUCCAUCAUCAAGGAGUUCAGGAACA